UGACGAUUGCUCCUCCUUCUAUCCGGAAGUAAACGAGUCCACUCCUUCCGGGCUGCACGUGGGUAAGCUCAGCUGUCUAAUCAUGGGGAAGUCCAAACAAACGAAAAACCACAAUAAUGGCAAAAAGAAAAACAUUUCAAAGACGUGGAAGACAAAGCGAAGGACCAAAGACUUGGAUGAGAUCCACUCCGACAUGAAGCCUGAAAUUGCUGCCAAACUGCUUAAUCAGGAGGUGGACUAUGAUGUGACGGGAUGUGCACAGCACUACUGUUUACACUGCGCGAGAUAUUUUGUGGAUAUGAAAUCCUUAAAAGACCACUUCAAGACUAAAGUCCACAAGCGACGUUUGAAAGAGCUUAGGGAGGAACCUUACACCCAGGCGGAAGCAGAGAGAGCAGCCGGGAUGGGCUCCUACAUACCUCCAAAGACUGUGGAGGUGAAGACACAGCCUGUUGAAGAAGAUAUGUGCUAAGAAGUUCCUUCUCUGUGAACUGAUAUUUGGAUUCACAAACGGCCAAAAGUCAAAAUUGCACAUUUUGUGAAAUGGUGCUUUUGCAGACCGCUGUUUCAUAACUGUCUAUGUCAGCAUCAUGAAAGUAUUGCUUAUUAUGAGGUAAUACAUAGUGAAAGUUGUGUAAAUAUGGGACAUAUGCAGAACCGUGUGGAGUGGUAAUAAAGAGAGCCUGAACUGCCUUUGCACA